AUGGGCGGCGCUGAUUGCUUACCAUCAGGUAAUGACUCGGAGCCCGACCCAGAAGACUCAACGGACACAGCAAGAGAAAGCAAAGCGAGAAGAAGAAGAACUGCCUUCACAUCGGAACAACUGCUCGAGCUGGAGAGGGAGUUCCACGCUAAGAAAUAUUUGAGCCUCACUGAGAGGUCUCAAAUAGCGUCCGCUUUGAAACUUAGUGAAGUUCAGGUAAAAAUUUGGUUUCAAAAUCGUCGAGCGAAAUGGAAACGCGUCAAAGCGGGCCUAGCGUCCGGCAGUCACUCGAGCAAGAAUGGUUCUGGCACCAAAAUAGUUGUACCUAUUCCCGUCCACGCAAGUGAUCGGCGGCUGCAACCUCUCACGUCCAGUCUUGCUUCAGGCUAUGGUGUGUUACGAGAGGAACUGAAAGGCUCCUCCUUCUGCGAGGCUGUCUUGCUAGCUAAGGAGGAAGCCGAGCGCGUUAGAAGAGGCCUUUGCUCAGCAGUGGGCACUUAUAGGCUGAUGAUGAUGAGCAAGUUAGGCCGUUCGACUAGAACCAGACAAGUAGUCAGCUUCCCCGCGCUUCAAAGAGGCGUCAGACGACCUCUAAGGCCGAUGAUCAGCCGGGAUUGCGGGUGCAAUCGCAAUCAUGUGGUGCGGUCCAGUUCGGAGCAGGAGAGGAGAACAGGGAGGAUAAUCAGUCUAAGUAUGACAGCCGGGGUAAGCGCAAUGAGGCACCACGACUACGGCCCAGAAUAG